CUGGGGUUGCUGCGGGCUCCUGGCUUGGUGGCACUUGCUUCGCACUUCUGCUGCGGGGGCUUUGUGUGCGCCUCUUGCUUUGCUUUGUGUGCGCGAGUGUUUGCGUUGCUCCGCGGCGCUCCUCCCGGGCGGGAGCCGUGAGGUUCGGAGGCGGCGGCGUCCCCCCUCCCGCGGGCAAGGAGCGAGCGCGCCGGCGUGAGCGGAGGGUGUGAGGGCUGCGGGGAAGGGGAUUCGCCGCCGAGAUGCCGGAGUUCCUGGAAGACCCCUCGGUCCUGACGAAAGAGAAGUUGAAGAGUGAGUUGGUCGCCAACAAUGUGACGCUCCCGGCCGGGGAGCAGCGCAAAGACGUGUACGUGCAGCUCUACCUGCAGCACCUCACGGCGCGCAACCGGCCGCCGCUCGCCGCCGGCGCCAACAGCAAGGGGCCCCCGGACUUCUCCAGCGACGAGGAGCGCGAGCUCACCCCGGUUCUCGGCUCCGGGGCCGCAGGCCGCAGCCGUGCCGCCGUCGGCAGGAAAGCCACAAAGAAAACUGAUAGACCCAGACUAGAAGAUAAAGAUGAUCUAGAUGUAACAGAGCUAACUAAUGAAGAUCUUCUGGAGCAGCUUGUGAGAUAUGGAGUGAAUCCUGGUCCUAUUGUGGGAACAACCAGGAAGCUAUAUGAGAAAAAGCUGUUGAAACUGAGGGAACAAGGAACAGAAUCAAGAUCAUCUACCCCUCUGCCAACGAUUUCUUCUUCAGCAGAAAAUGCAAGACAGAAUGGAAGUAACGACUCUGACAGAUACAGUGACAACGAAGAAGACUCUAAGAUAGAGCUCAAGCUUGAGAAGAGAGAACCACUAAAGGGCAGAGCAAAGACUCCAGUAACACUCAAGCAAAGAAGAGUUGAGCACAAUCAGAGCUAUUCUCAAGCUGGAAUAACUGAGACUGACUGGACAAGUGGAUCUUCAAAAGGCGGACCUCUGCAGGCAUUAACUAGGGAAUCUACAAGAGGGUCCAGAAGAACUCCGAGGAAAAGGGUGGAAACUUCAGAACAUUUUCGUAUAGAUGGUGCAAUAAUUUCAGAGAGUACUCCCAUAGCUGAAACUAUAAUGGCUUCAAGCAACGAAACCUUAGUUGUCAAUAGGGUGACUGGAAAUUUCAAGCACGCAGCUCCUAUUCUGCCAAUCACUGAAUUCUCAGACAUACCCAGAAGAACACCAAAGAAACCAUUGACAAGAGCUGAAGUGGGAGAAAAGACAGAGGAAAGAAGAGUAGAAAGGGAUAUUCUUAAGGAAAUGUUUCCUUUUGAAGCAUCUACACCAACAGGAAUUAGUGCUAGUUGCCGCAGACCAAUCAAAGGGGCUGCAGGCCGGCCAUUAGAACUGAGGGAUUUCAGGAUGGAGGAAUCUUUUUCAUCUAAAUAUGUCCCCAAGUAUGUUCCCUCGGCAGAUGUCAAGUCAGAAAAGACAAAAAAGGGACGCUCCAUUCCCAUGUGGAUAAAAAUUUUGCUGUUUGUUGUUGUGGCCACUUUUUUGUUUUUGGUCUAUCAAGCUAUGGAAACCAACCAAGUAAAUCCAUUCAGGGAAUAUGUUAAUGACUCUGGAAAAUCCACUGAAUGAUAUCUUUUUGGCACACUCAAGUUGGUCUCCUGUUUUUAAUAACUGUAUAAAACAUUUGUGUAUACUUGUUGACUCAAGAACUAAAAAUAAUGUGAUUUCACCUCAGUAAACGUAGUAUUCCAUUGAAAAGCAAACAAGAUAUGUAAAUGGACUUCAUUUCAAUGUUUUGGACUUGGGACUAGUGGGAGAUCACUGUGCCAUAUGAAUAAUCUUUUUUAGCUCUGGAACUUUUUUGUAGGCUUUAUUUUUUUAAUGUGGACAUCUUCAUUUUAGAGAAAAAUGUAUAUUGUUUUUGUGUAUCUGGGAAACAAGAAGGGGAGAACACGAUAGUAUAAUGUGAAGCUACACAUUUAAAUACUUUGAAUUCUUACAGAAAAGAUUUUAAGAAUUCUAUGCUGAAUAAAAACUUUAGAGAUGUGAAACAUGAAAUUGGGUAAGAGAAAAAGUAACUUGGGGUUGUACUUUUUGUAACUGAAACAAAGUUUGAUGGUGUUUAUGGCAAAAAGUACAGCAAUAAUCUCUUCUGUUACUUUUAUUAAUAGUAAUGUUAUUAUUGUAGCCCUAUUGUACUUUUUAAAAAGAUUUCUAGUAUCAUGAACGUCCUACUUCAGUAAGACCCAUUUAAAUACAGUUGAUUUCUAGCAGGGAUCUUUUAGUGCAACAUGUUCAUGUUUUCAAGAACUGUGAGCUGGCUAUAUAUGUUUUUAAAAGCUGUUUAGCUAGCUAUAAGGCUAUAAUUGGAAACUUGUACUUUUUAUUUACAGAAAAACAUUUAUUCUGUCAAUCCAAUUUGCUACCAAAAUUUUUUUUAGAGAAAUAAGUGUGUGUCUGUUUAGAAGUUAGAAACGUCCAACACCCAUCUUAGGUUCCAUUUGGAUUCAUUCUUGCAUUGUCUUCUGUUACCAAAAACAAAUUUUGCCAAGUUUUUUUGCCCUCUAUUUCCUAACAUAAUUUGAUUUAAAAGUGCAAAAAGUAUUUGCUUUUAAAUUACAUAGUCAACUUUUCUUAGAUACAUAGUAGUUAAUACAUAAAUUUGUAAACUCUGAAUAUGAGGUGGGCAUUAUGAUUUUUGUGUACUCUUGAAAUGGUUAACUUUAUCUUUGUGGCUGAUUUAUUUUUUUAGCUAAAACUUACCUCAUGUAUAACUUGGUUAAGUAAAGUAGUAGGUAAUCAAAAUUUCAAUAGAAUCAAGUAAAACAAAAAUUUUAAAUUUACUCAUUUGAGUUUCAGCUUUACAGUCAUUGACCAUAAAACACACUAAAAAUGUAAGUUAUUUUUACAUGUCAUCUGAAAUAAAAAGAUACUUUUUAAAAAGGAAAAAGCUGAAGAUGUAUGUUUAGACCAGCACACAAUUUUUAGUUGAAUUAGCCCUAUUCUGAUAUUUAGCUAUUAGAUAUUUUGUAGACAUUUUUCACUUACUUUGCAAUUGACCAGAAACAUUAUAGGUCUGGUCUUGCAGGGGGAGUGGGAAACUUACUCUUAGGUCAAAAAUGCGUCCCUCUCUGAGUAAAAGUGUUUCUUUGAGGUGAGCCACAGAGGGGGCACGUUUUACUCAACUUUUCCAGUAUAAGGUAAUAGUCUACUUUUAAUUUCUUUGUUUUUAAACUUUGUUUCCCAUAUUAUUUUCAGUUUUUUGUAAUUAGGAAUUGUGAGAAGCUGCAUUUAAUGUUUAAAAAUGUGGGAAGAUACUCAGACUUAAUAUGUAUGUAAGAUCAGUUUUCUAAUAGGAAAGGUAUGGUCCAAAACAGCAAAAGUAGGACCAGGUAAAACAUGUAGUCAGUUUUUUUUUUAAUGUGUACUUGGUCUUCUGUCUGUGUCUGUUUUAUUCCACUAGAAUAAAUGUGUCCUUGAUGUAAAUGCAAAGCAUUUCUUCCUGAUUAAAUUGUAGAUGUAGACUUCACAAUAUAAUUCAAUAAUAAAAAAGUAAUUAACCUCUA